AUGAGGCUGCUGACUGUGUUCACGGCUGUGCUCGUCGUUGCUUCGGCACAGACAGCCACUAACCAGUUCCCAGAAGGCUUCAUGUUUGGAGCUGCGACAGCCGCAUACCAGAUCGAAGGAGCCUGGAACGAAGAUGGAAAGGGAGAGAGCAUUCAAGACUACUAUUUCCACAACCAUCCGGAACUCAUCAUUGGAGGUGUCACCGGUGACGUCGCCUGCGAUUCCUACCACAGGUACCAGGAGGACGUGCAGAUGCUGAAGGCUCUCAACGCGGACGUGUACCGAUUUUCGAUUUCCUGGCCACGUGUGUUGCCUAAUGGAGACCUCGACGUUAUCAACCAGGCUGGUAUCGACUAUUACAACAAUCUCAUCAACGAGCUGCUCGCGAAUGGAAUCCAACCUCUGGUAACGAUGUACCACUGGGACCUGCCUCAAGCACUGCAGUACAUCGGGGGCUGGUCCAACGAGUUGAUGGCCGAGUACUUCGUUGAAUACGCCAGGGUACUCUUCGAAAAUUACGGUGACCGGGUGAAAUGGUGGAUCACGUUCAACGAGCCAGCUGUCUUCGUGAAUGGCUACGCGACGGAGAGUGCCGCCCCCUCACAACCUGCAUCGGGCAUUGGCGACUACCUAGCGACACACACCAUCGUCAAAGCCCACGCACGGGUCUGGCACCUGUAUGAUGAGCAGUUCAGAGCCGCGCAGAACGGUAGUGUGGGUAUUACUCUUAAUAUGGAUUGGCCGGCAGCACUGACUAACUCGACAGAGGAUGAAGAGGCUGGUGAGAGAGCACGACAAUUUCAGAUGGGCAUCUUUGCACACCCUAUCUACACUCAGGAUGGGGAUUACCCAGCUGUAGUGCGCCAGUUAGUGGAUGCCAACAGCGAGGCUGAGGGGCGGCCCCGAUCAAGGCUGCCAACUUUCACACAGGAAGAGAUCGAAUACAUUAGGGGAUCGGCAGACUUCUUUGGGAUGAACCACUACGCAACGACCUACGUGACGUCUGGCGUGACAGGCGAAUCACCUUCCAAAACAAGGGACUCUGCUGUAAUUUCAUCGUCUCACGAGCGCAAUCCUUGGGGACUGCGGAAUCAACUGAACUGGGUUGCCAAUCAGUAUCCUGGAUACCCAAUCAUCAUUUCAGAGAACGGUUACGCGAAUGCUGGAGCACUGAACGAUACUGAUCGCAUCGAAUAUUUUACUGCAUGCCUCGGAGCUGUCCUGGAGGCGAUAAACACUGACGGUGUUCCGGUUAUCGGAUACGCAGCGUGGAGUCUCAUGGACGACCUGGAAUGGAACUGGGGGUUCAUUCUUAAGUAUGGUCUGUACGAGGUGGAUUUCAAUAGUCCAAACAGGACCAGGACGCCCAAGGAAUCGGCCGGCUUCAUGGCGGAGCUCUUCAGUAGUAAGCAGCUGCCUGACCAGUACAACUAG